CAGAUGAUCAUCACAAUGUUUUGACGUGAUAGCUUCGCAUAAUCCCAUGGCAUAGUUAAACGUGACAAGAAGAGACCUUGCGCCACAACCAUUUCAAAAAUCAGAAAUUAUACAUACAUUCUACAAAAUCAACGUAAACUCAGCAGCCACGAUACUGGAAAUGCCGGCCCAUGUGAUUGAAGAAACACCCUACCAGGGAGGAGCAGCUCCCUGCAAGCUUGCCAAUACUCUGGACAAACCAUCUCUAGGGAUGGCAACCUGUACAGAGGAUGUGGUUAUCACAGGCAUUUCCUGUCGACUGCCAGAGUCCGACAACAUGACUGAGUUCCGCCAGCAUCUGUUGCUUAAAGAAGACAUGAUCACAGAUGAUGAUAGGAGAUGGCCAGCAGGUUUUCUUGGGAUUCCCGAUAGGAAUGGAAAAAUAAAAGAUCUAAGCAAAUUUGAUGCCUCCUUCUUUGGCGUCCACCCCAAACAAGCCAAUUCCAUGGACCCUCAGCUGAGACUUCUGUUGGAAGUUGCAUAUGAGGCAAUUGUAGAUUCAGGUUACAGCCCCCAGAGUUUGCGGGGUUCGAGGACAGGUGUAUUUGUUGGUGCGAGUGCGUCUGAGGCCUCGGAGGCAUUCUCGUCCGACUCUGAGAAAAUGGAUGGUUAUGGCAUGAUAGGAUGCUGCCGGGCCAUGUUUGCAAACAGACUGUCUUUCUUCUUUGAUCUCAAAGGUCCAAGCUAUGCUAUAGACACUGCAUGUUCCUCUAGUUCUCUGGCUAUGGACCAUGCCCUGGCCAGUAUUCGCAUGGGUAUCUGUGAUGCUGCCAUCAUUGGGGGAACCAAUAUCUGCGUCAAGCCCAACACAGCUCUCCAGUUCUUAAAGCUCGGCAUGCUGUCACCUGAUGGUUGUUGCAAAUCUUUUGAUGCAAAUGGUAACGGGUAUUGUCGCAGUGAAGGCAUCAUAGCUAUUCACAUUCAGAAGGCAUCUGCUGCUCGCAGAAUCUACUCUACAGUUGUACAUUCCAAGAAUAAUGCAGAUGGCAACAAAGAGCAAGGCAUCACCUUCCCGUCUGGUGCUGCACAGAAGAAACUACUUGAAGAGACAUACCAUGAGGCAGGAGUAGACCCCAGUCAGGUGGCUUAUGUGGAGGCUCACGGCACAGGCACCAAAGUGGGAGACCCACAGGAAGUGAACAGCAUAGCGGAUGUCUUCUGCAAAGACCGCAAUGAACCACUGCUCAUAGGAUCGACCAAGUCUAACAUGGGUCACCCUGAGCCAGCAUCAGGACUUUCAUCGCUGGCUAAGGUGAUUAUUGCAAUGGAGGAGAAGAUACUGCCAGCCAAUCUCCACUACAAUGAGCCCAACCCCAACAUUCCAGGCUUGGUAGAUGGCAGACUGAAGGUUGUGACCGAAAGCACUCGGUGGUCAGGUGGCUAUGUUGGCGUGAACUCGUUUGGUUUUGGUGGUGCUAAUGUACAUUUGAUUUUAAAGUCCAAUGACAAUGAAAAAAGUGAGCAGCAUCCCGCCGCUUCAUCUCGCCGCCUGUGUGUGUAUGCAGGCCGCACAGAGGAGUGUGUGGACCAUGUGCUGACGCAGAUGCACCAAAACAGUGACAGUGUGGAGCUCCAUGCUCUGCUCAAUGAGAGUGCAUGUUCACCCACAACAGCAUUUCCAUACAGGGGAUACACAGUACUCAAUUCACAGGAGGAUGUUCGAGAAGUUCAGAAAUGUUCGGGUGACAGUCGGCCAGUGUGGUAUGUGUUUGCUGGAAUGGGCUCACAAUGGUUUGGAAUGGGCCGUAGCAUGAUGGAGUUGGAGGUGUUCAAGCAGUCAAUACUGAAAUCGGAUGCCAUACUGCAGAGACAUGGCAUUGAAUUGUACCAGGUGCUUACAGAAGGGGACAAGGCCACUUUUGACAACAUUGUUUAUACCUUCUGUGGUAUUGCAGCUAUUCAGUUGGCACUGGUCGACUUGCUGAAGCAGAUGGGGGUGACUCCAGAUGGGCUGGUGGGCCACUCAGUUGGGGAGCUUGGCUGUGCCUAUGCUGAUGGUUCUCUGACUGCAGAGGAAACCCUGCUUGCAAGCUACUGGAGAGGUCGAUGUAUCCAGGAGGCUACACUGCCACCUGGUGGCAUGGCUGCAGUUGGUAAGUUGUAUGCAAGUAUCAAGUUUGUGCUGCAACUGAAAGAACAGGGGAUAUUUGCAAAGGAAGUUCAGAGUGGAGGUGUUGCCUUCCAUUCCCAGUAUAUGGCAGACAUUGCCCCAACUCUUCUGGCUGUCCUCAACAAGGUGAUAAAGCCCAAGCGUCGUUCUGAGCGCUGGGUGAGCAGCUCGGUGCCAGAAGCGGAGUGGCAUACAGAUAAGGCAAAGUUCUCAUCGGCAGAAUAUGUUAUCAACAACCUGGUGAGCCCUGUGCUGUUUCAGGAGGCUGUGCAACAUAUUCCCAACAAUGCUGUUGUCAUAGAGAUUGCCCCACACUGUCUUCUACAGGCAAUACUCAAGAGGUCUCUUGCUCCAACCUGUACAUUUGUUGGUCUCAUGAAGAGAAAUCACCCGGAUAAUGUCAACUACUUCUACUCCAGUAUUGGAAAGUGCUAUGCAGCAGGAAUGAAAGUUGAUCCCCUGGGUCUGUUUCCCCCAGUGAGGUACCCAGUCCCUGCUGGCACUCCCAUGGUGUCACCUUUUGUACAGUGGGACCAUGCUCAGUCAUGGAAUGUUCCUAAACCGGAUGAUUUCAUUUCUGGAGGAUCAGGGAAAAAACUCUGUCUGUUUGAAAUUGAUGUCUCCCCUGAAUCUCCAGACCAUUACCUUGUGGACCAUUCCAUCGAUGGCAGGGUACUGUUUCCUGGAACAGGCUACCUGGUCCUUGCAUGGCGGACACUGGCCAAACUCAAGGGGAAGUUCUAUGAACAUAUGCCUGUCAUUUUUGAGAAUGUUAACAUUCAUCAAGCCACCAUUCUACCCAAAACAGGUAUUGUUAAGCUGGAGGUGUGUGUAAUGCCAGCAACAGGAGAGUUUGAAAUCAGCGAGGCUGGCAACCUUACAGUCAGCGGACACAUUCACGAGCUGGAAGAUGAAGAAUCGUUCAGAUCUCUUCUUGAGCAGAACACAGUUCAACCCACACAUGCCCCAACUGAAGAGACCAUUCCACUCACACUCUCCGAUAUGUACAAAGAUCUUAGACUUCGGGGCUAUGAUUAUGGUCCAGAGUUCCAAGGCAUUUACAAGAUGACCCACAAAGGUGACUUGGGGGAACUGUUGUGGAAAGGCAACUGGGUGUCUUUCUUGGACACAAUGCUUCAAGCACAGGUGGCUGGCAAAGCUUUAGGAUAUCGACUACCAACUAGAAUCAAGUCAGUGCGCAUAGACCCCACCAUACAUGCCCAGUAUGUUAUUCCAGCAACAGAUGACAAACCAGCUACUAUUCCUGUGAUGAUGGAUCACUGCCUUGACAUUUUUGUGUGUGGAGGAGUUGAAAUGAGAGGACUGCAUUCUACUUCUGCUCCAAGACGAUCCAACCAGACUCCUACAUUAGAGGCCUACACAUUUGUUCCAUACCAUGAGAACCUCCUUGAUUCCGAAUCAAAAAUGUAUGCUGAAGACUGUUUGGCCUACACACAUCAGUCCCUUGCAACACUACUGAAAUCCAGUGGAGCUACUUACAUUCCCAACUCCAGUUUGUUGUCGGUGGAAAAGCCACAAACUCACAUCAGUCUUGACAAAGUGAUGGAAUAUUCUAGGCAGCCAACAUGUGGUCUCAUGCAGACUUUGCACAAGAUCUUCUCUACUCCUUUAUCAGAAAGUUUCCCUGAAAAUGUAUUUAACAUUGUGAAUGCAUUCCAGCCAGAGCUAUCAAAUGACACUUUACUCAACUGCCUACUUGAAGAUAAAGUAUUGAAAUCCUGUGUGGACAUAGUGCUAGAGAACUGCCUGAAGACCAAGGUGAAUGUGCUGGAGGUGUGUUCUCCAACCGGAGCUAUGUAUAGCCAUGUCCUGCCUCUCCUUGGAGCUCAUCCCAUGAAUCAAGUAGACUAUACAGUAGCCAAUCCCCAGCAAAAUGAUCAAGAGAAACUCGAAAAACUUGCUAUCCAUACGCUGCAGUGGGAUUUGCAGAAGACUCUACCAUCAGGAGCUAGUCAACCUGAUGUGAUCAUUCUGAGAAAUAUCCUCCACCGUGAGCAAAACAUUAGUGUUGCUUUGAAGAAUGUUGCUGAUGCAUGUGGAACAAAAGGGUUUGCACUGAUUAUAGAAGCUACUCAAAACUUUCCACUACAUCUGGCAAUUAACAAUUUCAAACUAGACUGUGUUACAACUGGUGAUUCCAGAACACAUGGAUGCUAUCUGGAUUCGUCCAGCUGGACAAAGCUGUUCUUGGAGCAUGGGCUGCAGGUGAUCUGUGACAAGACAGAUGGGGUUCUGUGCAACAUGUUCCUGGUGUGUAGAGCCAACAAAGCUGUUGGAGAAAACCAGACCAUCAUCUGUGUGGAUGACCUCAACUGCAGUUGGGUGGACAUGGUCAAGUCUGCCCUUGAUGACUGUCAUGUACGUCCUGAAGGGGAGAAUGUCUGGCUGCAGGCAAACAACACUAACAGUGGCAUAGUGGGACUAACUAACUGCCUUCGGAAGGAAUCUGGAGGGGAACGACUCAGAUGCAUUUUCUCAAGUGAGAGGAUUGUCCCCAGUAGCAAGUGCUUUCAGAAGUUGGUGAGACAAGAUCUGGUAAUGAAUGUUGAGCAACAGGGCAAGUGGGGCUCCUACAGGCACAUUCCAUUGUCCAAAGGAACUGAGUUGUUGGAAUGCAAAAGUGAGCAUGCUUACAUUGAUGUAACGGUGAGAGGUGAUCUUUCAAGUCUGAAGUGGAUCGUGUCUCCCCUGCAUAAGCAUGAUGUACCAGUCCGUGCAGGACGAGAGCAGUGUGAAGUGCACUAUUCUUCCCUCAACUUCCGGGAUGUGAUGCUGGCAACUGGUAAGCUGCCCCCAGAUGCCAUCCCAGGGGAAAUGGACAUUAAAGACUGUAUGCUGGGCAUGGAGUUCUCUGGCAAACAGAAAGAUGGCAAGAGGGUCAUGGCGGUCGUAACUGCAAAGGGUUUGGCAACAACUACUGAAGUGGACCGACGCUUCUUGUGGGAGGUCCCGGAGUCAUGGAGUCUGGAGGAGGCAGCCAGUGUCCCUACUGUAUAUGCUACUGCGUAUUAUGCACUUGUUCACCGUGGCAAUAUCAAGAAGGGGGACUGUGUCCUGAUCCACUCGGGCAGUGGUGGAGUGGGCCAGGCAGCCAUAUCUAUUGCAUUGCAUCAUGGCUGUGAGGUGUUCACCACUGUUGGUUCCAUGGAGAAAAGGCAGUAUCUCAAACAAAAGUUUCCAACCCUGAAAGAUUACAACUUCGCCAACUCUAGAGACAAUUCAUUUGAAUUUGACAUCCUGAGAGCAACUAAAGGCAGAGGUGUGGAUAUUGUACUGAAUUCCCUGGCAGAAGAGAAACUACAGGCCAGUUUGAGACUGCUUGCUCCUCAUGGAAGGUUCCUGGAGAUAGGCAAAUUUGACCUUUCAAAGAACACUGCACUAGGGAUGUCAAUAUUCUUGAAAAAUAUCAGUUUUCAUGGUAUUCUUCUGGAUGCGCUGAUGGAGCCUGGCAACAAGGACUGGGACACUGUACACCAGUUGGUGAGCCAUGGCAUCAGCUCAGGUGCAGUUAAACCCUUGGAUACAACAGUGUUUUCUCACUCCGAGGUUGAAGAUGCGUUCCGAUACAUGGCUCAGGGAAAACACAUGGGAAAAGUCCUCAUCAAGAUACGAUCAGAAGAUACUGAAAAUCCUCUUACAGUGCAAGCAAUAUCUCGAACAUACUGCAGUAGCCAAAAGACUUACAUCAUUACUGGUGGCUUGGGAGGAUUUGGUCUGGAACUUGCCCAGUGGCUAAUUGAACGUGGAGCAAGGAAACUUCUCCUCACAUCUCGAUCUGGUGUACGGACUGGCUACCAGUCCCGGCGGGUGCGGCUAUGGAGAAAGGCAGGAGUGAAUGUAUGUAUCUCUUCAAGAGAUAUCAACACAGAGGCAGAGGCCACAAAGCUUGUGCAAGAAGCGGAGAAAAUGGGCCCCGUUGGAGGGGUGUUUAAUCUAGCAAUGGUGUUGAAAGACAGUUUGAUGGAGAAUCAGACAGUAGAGACCUUCAAGACAGUAUGUCAUCCAAAAGCACAGGGAACAAUCUGCCUUGACCUUGCCAGUCGUAGUGCCACCUGUAGGCAAAGUCUGGACUUGUUUGUUGUCUUUUCCUCUGUCAGCUGUGGACGGGGUAAUGCAGGGCAAGCUAACUAUGGCUUUGCUAACUCAGUGAUGGAACGUGUUGUGGAACAGAGACGCCAGGAAGGAUUGCCAGGUGUUGCCAUCCAAUGGGGUGCUAUUGGUGAUGUUGGUGUGGUGCUGGAAACAAUGGCUGGGAAUGAUGCUGUCAUUGGGGGCACCUUACCUCAGAGGACCUCCUGCAUGGUGGUCCUGGACCGCUUCCUCAACCAGCCCCACCCAGUUGUGUCCAGUUUUGUCAUGGCAGAGAAACAUACUGGCGCCAAGAAGGAUGUUGGCAAACGGGACUUGGUGGCAUCUGUAGCCCACAUAUUAGGGGUAAAAGAUGUCUCCACUAUUAACCCUGACAUGAGCCUGGCUGAUCUUGGUCUGGACUCUCUAAUGGGGGUUGAGGUGAAGCAGACGUUGGAACGGGAACAUGACAUAUCCAUGUCGAUGCGGGAGAUCCGGCAGCUGACGAUGACAAGUCUGCAGGACAUCAGUGGGGGAGGAGGGGAGACAGCAGACACCAGCAGCAACAGCAACAAGGAUAAUGGGUCCACACUUGAUGACAGUGGCCUGUCUGUUCGCUAUGACAUGUCUCAGAUCAUGCCCACCACCACAAUUGUUGCCAUUGGUGGAGUACACAAUGACAAGACACCCCUGUUCAUUGUGCACCCAAUAGAAGGUGUGACCCUGUCUCUAGAGAGUGUAGCCAGCCAGUUACAGCGCCCAGUCUAUGGAAUCCAGUGCACUGCUGAUGCCCCGCUCACCUCGGUUGAGGCCCUUGCAAGAUUCUACUUGAAAAAUAUACACAGUGUCCAACCUGAUGGCCCCUACUGCCUGGCUGGCUACUCAUUCGGUGCAUGUAUUGCCUUGGAGAUGGCGCUUCAGCUUCAGCAGUACAACACUGGCCAGCCAGAUAUCGUGAAGGCCCUGGUGCUGUUGGAUGGCUCCCACAAGUAUGUUACUGCUCACUUAGCUUCCCACCGCGCCAAGCUGACGCCAGGCCAUCAAGGGCAGGAGGAGACUGAGGUCAUGUGUACCUUUGUUCAGCAGUUCAUGUCCAUUGACUACCCCAGGUUGUCGGAGAAGAUGCUGUCGGCACCUGACCUGGAGGGCCGUGUUGGUAUUGCUGUAGAUGAACUUAUGUCCACACGCCAGUUCCAGAGCCGCACAGACUUGGAGGUUGCAGCAAAAUCCUUUUGGAAUAAGUUGUUAAUGUGUAUGGAUUACAACCCAAGCACCUCAUUCAAGGGAGAUAUAUUGCUGGUGCGGGCUCAGCAAUGUACAAAUGAGGCAUCCAAACUUGGGAAAGAUUAUGGCUUAGGACAGGUGUGUGCUGGUAAGUUGCUGGUGAAAGAGGUUGCUGGGGAUCAUGAGACAUUCAUCCUUGGAGCAAGUGCUGGCAAAGUUGCAUCUCUCGUAUCUGAUGUCCUCCCUUGAAGAUGUUGCACCUGUUAAUGGCAUUGACCUGGCUAUGUGCACAAGCUGUUGCCUGGUUCAUCAGGGAUGUAUCCCCUAUUGUCUCUCCCAAAUUCACCUGGGAUAUGUGUACAGUGAUGUGAUAUUAAAUACAUCCUUAUUUGCCAUUUAGAUGUGAAUCAGUAGCGACUCUGAGAAGGAUAGAUAACUUUAAACAAAACUAUGUGUGUACGGUCAAAUGAGCUACCAGAUGAUAGAUAGAUGGUUGUCAUGAUGGAAUAGGAAACAUUUACGGUCUAUUCUUUAGUCUGGUGCAAUAUUUUUCACAGCACUAUCUUCGUGCAGUAGUGUACAGCAUAUAGUCAAAAUAAUGUUUCAUUGAAUGAGUGAAGACCGGUGAGGAAGUGAUCCUCCCAACUACUUACUUGCAGCAAGCAUGUUGGUUAUCGGAAUCAUUGUUACUAUUUUGUUAUGGUAUUUAUUGUGGGGUAUGUGCAUUGUUUGAAUAACAAUAAAGUACUGUGACAAUUA